AUGACUCACGGCUUGACCUGCUCCCGAGUGGAGCUGCACGCCUGGGACGCUCACAGUGAUGAUCAUAUUGAACGCCUCCGUCUUCAGCGACUCGCAUGUGGCUGGGGAGAAGCGAGCUUACCACGGUGGCAGCGAUGGACUGAUGAAGGGAGAAUGCUCAUGUUCUGGGUCUCGUUGCCUCGUGACGACCCUCAUCGGCAGAAUGUAGAAGCUAGACAGCUCGCUGCAUAUCCUCAGCAAGCAUCGACGCUCACGGAUCCCGACGGUGUCAGCUUUCUGCCGAUCGGUCAUGUUGCUCUUUAUCUCAUCGAUGAAGAUGAGGACAUGAGCCUGCAUGAUCCUGCAGGCGGCCGAGUGGUCAAGAUAGCAGCACUGUACAUCUCCACAGCAGUGCAAGGUCAGAGACUAGGCUCCUCGGCAAUGGACGCCAUAGAAGCACGCGCCGCGACCUCACCGCUGAGUUGCAGCGUUGUUCUCCUAGAUACGCUGCCCGAUGCUGUCAUUGCUGCCGAGCGAGCAAAGGACGGCAAGCCUAUGGCUGCUGUCUCGAACGAACAGUGGUACAUCAGACGAGGCUACAAAUUCUACGGCUACCGCAACCGCCAAACGAGCGAGAAUCCACCGAGGCUGCUCGAAUUCGUACUGAUGAAGAAGCAUCUGAAAUAG